GCAAAAGAAGAAUCAGUGUAGUAUUCGUAAUUUAGUACUUUAUUUAUUGUUACAAGUGUUUUAAAAUUAAUUGCUAACUAGCACUUGUCCUUAUCUUUUUUUUAUGUAUUUGCAUUAUUUAUGGUCAAUCUUUUAAACUCUGGAGUCGUUAUCUAUUUUUCCCCCGGAAGUAGAGACCUUGGCUAACAUUGAUAGCAACAGUCUAGCGGGCUAACAGAAGUGCCUAAAAGUAAUCACCAGGUCCCUCUCCUGUGGGACUAAUGUCAUAGCUAUGUUGUGGAAAAAAUUUUGACAACUAAACCGAAGAUGAUGAACGACAUAAUAGAGGAGCCUGAAAAGGACACACUCCUGGAGGCGCAGCAGGAACAACAAGUUUUGUCGGGACCAAGUAACAGCACAAGACCUAAGAUUCCAGAUGGAGGCAUCCGGCCGGUGGAAAAGAGAGGACCUUACAUCAUGUCCAGAGCUCCAGCCAUCCACCUCAAACUACAGAAACACAGGGAGAUGGUGAGGAAAGCGCUAAAGAAGAAAGCCCUCUCUGCUGGUCUUCCAGUGGCACAACAGCCCAGACAGGGAGUCAAGAGGACGGUGAAGUUUAACAAGGGCUACGCUGCUUUAAGCCAGAACGCUGAGGAAAUGUUGGUGGCGCUAGACUCAGACAGUGAUGAAGAGAUCGAUUUUGAGCAGUAUUCCUCAGGAUACUCUUCAGCCGAGGUCCAUCCUGAUUUAAGCAAGCAGCUGCUUCAGGAUGGCUACCACCUGGAUGAGAUUCCUGAUGAUGAAGACUUGGACCUGAUUCCCCCCAAAGCCAUGGGUUCUUCUGUGUGCUGCUGCUUCGAGUGCCCAUCUUGCCCCAUGCAGUGAUGUCGGUGCUGUGACUUGGACCUUCUGAAGGUCUGACUCUUUAUUCAGCUCGCUAGUUGCUGGGGCCAAAGCUCUUCUUUCUAAUGCAGCUCAGCUGCUGCAUGUUGCCUGAGGAAAUCCAGCUCUGAGGCCUGAUGCUGGACUGCAAGCAUUGAACACCGAGAUCGCUCAGCUGCAGUGAGAAUGCAGAAGGACAUGAGAGCAAGCCUUAUCCACUGUGACUCCAAAGCCUAACUAAUUGUAUUUAUUUAUCAUGUUCUUGCAGCAUUACACAAAACAAGCCGUAACUAUGACACUGGUCUGAGUUGAGUGAUGGAGUAUUUCAACAUUCUUGAUAAGAAUGUUGACUCAAGGAGGAGCUGGCUGGUUUAUUUCCUCCAUGGUGAGCAGGUCUGUAACCCCCUAGAAUACCACCAGUAUGAAAGGUCUGUGUGGAAAGUUUAACCCUUUGACAAAUCUGAAAUGAUCAGCUGUUUAUCUGUAACUGUUAAAUAAUAUAUUGGCACCUCAUGGGAAUACUGGCAGCACCUGAGUGCACAAUAGUAGUCUUAGUUUUAUUUUUACUUCCUCUGUCAUUAUAAUCUACAUCUGGUUCUCUCUCUCUCUCGCUUCCUCUCUCUCUCUCUUUCUCUCUCUCGAAACUCUAAAUAGCAAGGUGACCAUACAUAUGUAGCACCUGUCUCAGCAAAUGCAACUCAGAACAAAACUGCAGCAAACUAAGAAGCACUCCGUUCAUACAUUUGGCACAUUGUACAGCUUCUGUUUAUGGUUCAAGAUGUAGUUUUGACGACUGUGCUUAAAUUGAGGAUUACAUUUGGAUCUUGUCGUUCACCUUGGCACAGAUCUACAAUUAAAAAAAAACCCAAAUGUACUGAAGAGACUGAAGAUAGACAAAAUGAUUCCUCAAGGUAAAUUUCUUUUGAUUUGUGUAGUAUUUUGGUUUAAGCAGCUCCUAACAAAAUAUGUCUCCACAUCAGAUUUGUGUUACAUUAUUUAUUUAUCAUUGCAUUUAAGUGUAUGCUGAAAUACUUGUUACAAGUUAUUUACAGUUCUAAUAUAAUUUACAUUUAGUGUUAGUAUUCAUACAUUUAUUUGCUUUGUGUUCUGAUGCUUGUUGUGGCGUCCAACACUUCAGAACGUAUUUGUCAUUGAGAUUACAGCAUUAACUGUUUUCACUUUUGGAUGCAUCUUAAAACUAUUAACACCAUCUAUUUGUCAGAGAUGAAGAGACUUCUCCCUCUCAGGAGGGUUUUAUGCGCGGAUGCACAGAGAUCAGAUAAGACUUUUGCAUAUAUAUUUAAAAUUAAAUUUGAAAAUUACACACCCGCUCCAGAGAAUAAAAUAUUACAGGCAGGAUAAAAACCUCCCUACCUACUGUUGCAUAUAUGCACAGCAAAACAGUUCACCACAUUAAGGAAGUAUAGGACUAGAUGAAAAACAAAAUUCUGUGCUAGGAUAAUGAAGGAAGAGCUGAAAGCGGGUCAUAAAUCCUGAAUUGGAGAGUUGAAAUACGCAGCAUAACCUCCUUACAUUUUAUAGUUUUAAGGCAGGUUUCUGGUUUGAGCAGACUGCUUUAUAUGGACCUACUGAAUUAAUUUUUUAACCCCAUUUCUUGCUCUGUGGUGUGUUUUGAUGUAGAUUAAAAUUUGCACUUAACACCAAUUGCCAGUAGCAAGUACACUUGACUCACCUGUACUAUGCAACUAUGGGACAAUCUGCUUGUUGUAGAACAUUGUGACAAGGUUGUGUUAUUGAGUGCUGAAUGCAAUAAAUAAAUGUUUUGUUGUUUGUUUUACAACUGUAAAUACUCGGUUCCCAUUGUACUCUGUUGGUUUACAUUAUAAAUAAAAAAAUCAAUUAACA